CCAAUUCUCGCCUUUUAUUUUCCGGAUAUGUAUACUACGGGUGGUCCAGCAGCAGCGACAACACAUCGGCAGCAUGUUAUGAACGUGCAUCCGGCCGUCGCCGGCCUCACUAACACACCCACAGGUCGACCUAAAAAAAGGCCGCCGAAUACAGGCGCACAGCUUUUCAAUGCAUCCGAAAAUGAUAGUUUGUUUUUGUUGCUUGGACGCGACUGUGUUUCCUUAGCGGCAGGUGUUGUGCAGUUGCUCAAAUCGGAUCCACGAAAUCAAGGGCUGUGGGUUAAGAUUCACAGAGGGGUGAUUUCACUCGUCAAGGACUACGACAAGCGGGCAUAUUUCUUACGACUUUAUGAUAUCUACAGGAAGCAAUUUCUGUGGCAGCAGAUGCUGUAUAAGAAUUUCCAUGCUUCGCAGCCCGCCGAAUGCCCCAAUCUUCUAACAUUCGAAGGCGAUGAAUGUAUGUUUGGUCUCAAUUUUUCGAGUCAUGAGGAAGCGUACAACUUCAAGUAUCAUCUUGACAAGCGCUACGAGCAGGAGAAAAAAUCGCAAGAAAAAGAGAAAAUGGGUGUCAGUAGCGCGCAGACUACUCCGCUUUCGUCUAAUAGCUCAAUGCCGACAGCUGCAAUUACUCGACCUCAUGCACAGACUGUUUCAAUAUCUCAUAGGACUGGCAUCACAAGUAUGGGCACUGUGCCGACUGUUACCGGCGGUUCUUGGACGAGUCUUGUGACAAGCGGUAGGAAUAAGAAAAAAAAUGUAAAAAAGGAGAAGAAACAAAAGAUUCGGAAGGAGGAUAUCAGCAAUCCAACAAAUUUUCAACACAAGGCACAUCUUGGGUGGAAUCAGGAAGGUGGCUUCUCACAAGAAACAUACAACUAUGAUCCGAUGGAUGAUAGUGUGAAAGCUUUGCUGCGAGCGGCAGGGAGGAAUCCCGAUCGCAUGACCAAAGAUGAUUUGGAAUUCUCCAAAUACUUCAUUAGCGAAUAUCAGAAAGUGCCGCAAAUGCAGCAGUCUUUGGUUUCUGUGCAGCCGGGCCAUCCGAGGUAUGUGUCGGAUCCGGGCCAUCCGAGGUCCUAUGCGCCGUUUUCAGUAACAAAUUCGACUUCAUCGACGCCAGCAACGCCGCCUCCCCCGCCGCCAUUGCGACGCGAAGGAUAUCUUGCAAAUCCUGUUUCAAGACCGCCGCAAAGACCGCCUGCUGUAAGCAAACCGCCGACGAGACCUUUACCGCGUGUAAGGAUACAUUAAUA